AUGCAACAAGAUCAUCCAAAGAAGGACUUAAAAGAGAUGGACUUUUUCACUGAGUAUGGGGAUGCCAAUAGGUACAAGAUUCUAGAAGUUAUUGGAAAGGGAAGCUAUGGAGUUGUUUGUGCUGCAAUUGACACUCAUACUGGAGAAAAAGUGGCAAUAAAGAAAAUUAAUGAUGUUUUUGAGCAUAUUUCUGAUGCUAUUCGAAUCUUGAGAGAAGUCAAGUUACUUAGGCUUUUACGGCAUCCUGAUAUUGUUGAGAUUAAGCGAAUCAUGUUGCCACCCUCAAAGAGAGAAUUUAAAGACAUAUUUGUUGUUUUUGAGCUCAUGGAAUCUGAUCUUCACCAAGUCAUCAAAGCUAAUGAUGACUUGACACGGGAACACCAUCAGUUCUUUCUUUAUCAGAUGUUACGUGCACUGAAAUAUAUGCAUACAGCAAAUGUGUACCAUAGAGAUCUUAAACCAAAGAAUAUAUUGGCAAAUGCAAAUUGCAAGCUUAAAGUAUGUGACUUCGGGUUGGCAAGAGUAGCAUUUAGUGAUACACCAACAACUGUUUUUUGGACGGACUAUGUUGCUACGAGAUGGUAUAGAGCACCGGAGCUGUGUGGAUCUUUCUUUUCAAAGUAUACGCCAGCAAUUGAUAUUUGGAGCAUUGGCUGCAUCUUUGCUGAAAUAUUGACUGGGAAGCCAUUGUUUCCGGGUAAAAGUGUUGUUCAUCAAUUAGAUAUAAUCACCGAUCUUCUUGGGACGCCUUCAUCAGAAACCAUUUCUGGAGUGCGAAAUGACAAGGCAAGGAAAUACCUGACCGAAAUGAGGAAAAAACAGCCUGUGCCAUUUUCACAGAAAUUUCCAAAUGUAGAUCCGUUGGCACUCAGGCUACUUCAAAGGCUACUAGCAUUUGAUCCAAAAGAUCGACCAACUGCUGGAGAGGCAUUAGCUGAUCCUUACUUUAAGGGCCUAGCCAAAGUUGAGAGAGAACCUUCCUGUCAGCCAAUCUCGAAGUUGGAGUUUGAGUUUGAAAGGAGAAGGGUAACAAAGGAAGAUGUUCGGGAACUGCUACACCGUGAAAUACUGGAAUACCAUCCACAGCUACUAAAAGACUACAUGAAUGGAAAUGAAAGCACUAAUUUUCUCUAUCCUAGUGCCAUAGGUCAAUUUAGAAAGCAGUUUGCAUAUCUUGAAGAAAACAGUGGUAGAAGUGGACCAGUGAUACCUCCAGAGAGGAAGCAUGUCUCACUUCCACGGUCUACUGUUCACUCUAACAUAAUCCCUCCUAACAUGCAGUCAAAUUCAACCUCAUUUGACAACAGGCAAGUUACAGAAGAAGCUUCUAAAAAUUUUGGAGUAUCAGAUGCAAGUUUUGGAAAUCCAGCAAAGGUUGCAAGGGCCCCACCUCGAGUACCAUCAGCAAAGCCAGGGAGAGUUGUGGGAUCUGUUGUACCCUAUGAGAAUGGCAGAAACGUCAAAGAUGCCUAUGAUGCAAGGAUGGUUUAUAGAAAUGCAGUUCUCCCUCCCCAGACCGUCUCUCCACACUGCUUCUUCAGGACUAACACAAUGGUGCAAGAGAAGUCCAUCUCUGAGCCUGGAAAAGAUUCACAAGCCAAACAUCAACCUCCUCAAUGUAACAUGGCUGCCAAGCCAUCCUCCGGGAUGGUCAUGGAUGUGAACCCCAACCCAUAUUACCAACCACAAGCUAGGGUGGAGCAGUUAAAUGAGAGAAUUGCCAUUGAUGCAAAACUGCUGCAUGCACAAUCCCAGUUUGGACCGGUUGGUGCUGCUGCUGUUGCUGUAGCUGCUCAUAGGAAUGUGGGCACUGUUCAGUAUGGAUUAACCUAG